AAAAAAUAAAACUUUUAUGUUUUCCUUUUUAAAAAGUUUAUUGCAUUUUUCGUCAUCGUUUCUAACUUAAUUUUUAAAUUUAUACAAUUUAAUUUAAAUAAAAUUAAAAAAGUAUUCUCUCUCUCUCCACACAAAAUUCCAUUAAAUUGGGUUUUCUAUUAAAAAUGUUUUCCAUCUCCUAAAAAGAGAGAACUCAAAAACAUUAAAAAAAAAACCUAUCGAAAUGCCUUUAUUUUCGCCAUGCAAAAUCUCAUCAUUCCUCUCCUUGAUUUUUGCAAUCAUCCUAAACAUCGCCAACAUCACUCCACCCAGCACUUAUGCAGCUAACAUUUUAGCCGUCUUUCCAAGUGUUUGGAAAUCCCAUUAUCUUUAUGGUCGGGCAAUCUUACAAGAGUUAGUACAAACACAACAACACAAUGUAACACUCAUAAGUGCCUUUAGAACGAAUGUGAUCCGGGAAGUCACACAAAAUACCACCGAACUACCUCAAGACUCGCGACUCACUGAAAUUCAAAUAAAUGGCUUAGAACAGAAUUGGCUUGAAAUGGGUUUGAGCACUCAAGUCGAUAGUAUGAAUGAAAAGUCAAUUAUGGAAAGGUUUACAAGAUUGGUCUAUGCUGGAGCAUCGGCUGCUGAUUUGGUAUUGGCUAGCAAGGAGGUGAAGAAUCUUUUGAUGAGCAAUGUCACAUUCGAUUUGUUUAUUGUUGAUAUAUUCUUAAGCGAUGCUUUGUUGGGGUUAUCACAAUUCUACAAAGUUCCAAUUGUUGUUGUUAGUCCAACUGGACCGAAUACCUGGAUCAAUGAAAUGACUGGGAAUUCACAAAAUUCCGCCCUCGAUCCGAGUAAUUUCCUUCCGUAUUUGGAGCAAAUGAGUCUCUACGAGAGGAUUAUAAACACAUUAAUGGCUGUUUUUGAAAAAUUAACUUAUAAUUUCUUUCAUAUGAUAUCACAUCAAGCUGUUUAUGAAAAACACUUUGAAGCUUUGGCUGUGGAACGUAAUGAAGUUCUGCCACAUCACAGAGACUUGACUCAUAACAUUAGUCUUGUUCUAUUAAACUCACAUCCAGUUGUGCAAUAUCCAAGGUCAUUUUUGCCCAAUGUUAUUGAAGUUGGAGGUAUUCAUUUGAGAGAUGAAAAAUUACCAGAACACCUCUUACAAUUCAUUGAAGAUUCUGAAGACGGAGUUAUAUACGUUAGCUUUGGAGCUGAUAUAAAAAUCUCUGAAUUUUCCGAACAAAAACUGGACAUCCUAUUCCAUGUUCUAGAAACUCUUAAAGAAUCUAUGCGGGUUCUUUUGAAAUGGGAGGAUACUUUAGAAAAGCAUGAUCUACGAACAAAAAACAUUUUCACUAGCGAAUGGUUUCCACAACAAGCGGUUUUAGCUCAUCCAAAAGUCAAAUUAUUUAUAUCGUCCGCUGGCCUAAUGAGCGUGAUCGAAACAAUUCACUACAAAACACCCAUAUUAGCCAUUCCAAUUCUACCCGAACAACAAGUCAAUGCAAAACGACUUGAAAAUCGUGGUUGUGGUAUCAGUUUGCCAUAUGAAGAUCUCAAUUAUGAUUCCCUCCUCGAUGCCAUUGAUAAUGCUCUAUCAAAUAAAUCUCUUUCAACGAACAUAGCUGCUGUUGGAAAACUACUCAAUGAAAACAUUCAAGAUCCCAUGUCAAAAGCAUUAUAUUACAUCGACAUGGUCUUGAAAACCUCAGGAGCAAAUCAUCUCAAAUCAAAUUCCAACAAUUAUGGUUUCUUUAAAACCGAAUUAGUUGAUGUACUUUUGAUUAUUCUUGCCGGCUUGUGUGUUAUUAUCGCAGUGCCAUUUUUAGUUAUAUGUGCGAUCUUAAGAAGAUCCGAUUACACCAGAUCAGAGACAUUAUCGUCAAUGGUUAGACAAAGAAGAGGAACAUCAUCUGAAGUAAAUAGUCCGCGAAAGGAUAGUGUACCAAGAUCAAGUAGUUGCGAAAAAUAGAUAGAAAAUAGAAAAAAACAAUCAAAGUCAAGUGUACUUAUACAAAAUAUUUUGUUGUUUUAUCCAAUUUUUUUGUUUUAAGUAGUAGUUGUAAUUUUUUUUCGUGUUUUGUGUUUUUAAAAUUAAGUACAACGGAAUGUGUUUUUUUGUUUGUUUUUCGGUGGGUCUUCAUGAGGGGAUGACAAAAUUGUGAUAUAUUACGAAUAUAUAUUGGAAAAGAAACAAUUCAAAUAUUUAA